CCUUUGUAUUAUGUCUGUCUUCGGCCCUGUAUUUCGCAAACUUUAUAAUUUAUUACCAAUAAUAAUUAAUAAUUGCAAAUGUGUUUUAUUCAGCACUAUGUAAUUGCCAUAUUUGACCAAAUUCAACGAAUAUUACAGAAAGGCAAUGAGAUAUAUGCUUUUUCAAAGAUCUUGUCGACUCAUAAUCGACUGUAAAACUAAAAGUCACGCUGAACGCUCAUUUCAGACAUUUGCAAGGGCAAACUCAAACUGUCAUUUGUUGCUGAGAAAUGUUAUAGUUGCAGGGAGAAAUAAUAACACAGUUACGGGUAUUAAUUUUAACACAUGUUCAUAUUUCCUCAAGACUAAAUAUCAAACUAAUAAUCCAAAACAUUUGAAAAGUUCUAAAAUGUCCAAUCAUCGACCUACUGAUAGAACAAAAAGCGGAUGGGCAGAUUUUGAGAAAUACAGUGUUUUUGCCCGGUCAAUAUCAGGACUAGAGACAUCAGUUGUUGUAAAAAGUGAUGAUUUGUCACUGGCAUUUGAUAUGGGAUAUUCAGCAAAGGAAAGUGUCAAAUGUAAAAAUGUAUUCAUUAGUCAUGGCCAUAUGGAUCAUAUUUCAGCAAUACCACAACAUGUAGGGAAACGUUCCUUAUAUGGAAUGCCAAAUGCCAGGUACUAUGUACCAAGUCAUUUGGUAGAUGACUUAAAAUCAGUUUGUGAUCUUUAUAGUAAAAUUAGUGGAAAUCCAAGAGCCUUGAAUGAAAUUGAAAUCUUACCAUGUGGUGAUCAUGAUACUGUAAAUUUUACAAGUAAAUAUACAAUGAAGGCAUUUCCCACUAUACAUAGAGUAAAAAGUCAAGGCUAUAUAUUAUAUCAUCAUAAAAAAUCAUUAAAAGCUGAAUAUCAAGAUUUAGAUGGUAAAACUAUUGGUGAAAUGGUGAAAUCCGGUGAAACAAUACAUGAUAUUAUUACAACACCAGAUGUUGCUUUCACAGGUGAUACCACAUUUGAUAUAUUUAAAAAUGUCACAAAUCCAGAUUUACUCAGAGUGAAGAUAUUGAUAGCUGAAUCUACUUAUAUAGAUAAAGAACCUAACAAAGAUAUGAUCAAAUUAGCUCAGGAUAGAGGUCAUACACAUUUACAAGAAUUUAUAGACAAUGAACAUUUAUUUAGGGAUAUACAGCACAUUGUUUUAAUUCAUUUCUCUGAUAAAUACUCAUCUAAUUAUAUUAAAAGAGUUGUAUACUCUAGUUUACCUGAUAGUCUGAUAGAUAAGGUAGUGGUAUCAACAUAUGCUAAGGAUAUUCCUUGAUAUUUUAAAAACACGAAAAUAGUUUUUAUCAAAUACUAAUUUCUGUUUAAAUACCAACAAAUACAAUUAGAAUAUUGCUUGCUGCAUGGAAAUAAAGUUUGUUUUUGAUAUUGCACUUAUAACCAGAACAAUCCAAACAUACAAAUUCUGAUAAUAAUAUACGAGAAAUCCCCCAUAUCCCGAAUCUGAAUAAUGCUUAUGAUAAUUCAUAGUUAAUCUUGCUACAUGAUGAUAAGGUGGGGCAAGUCAAAUUGAAUUAAAAUAUCCAUUUUUCAUCAGCUAUCUAGAUCAAUCAUUAAAAUCUUUCUUGCCAUGCAACAAAUACAAAAAUGAUUCAUAGCGUCUGUUGUGUUUCUCAAUAACCUGUUUCUGCAGUGAAAUGGGUAUUGUAUUGGAGUAACCUUUGUUCUAGAGAACUUACAGAUGGAUUUAAGAAGCCUUAAACUUCAUUUCCAGUAGGUUAUAAACAGUAUCUUAGUCUAAGAUUUAGAAAAUUUUAUCUUCCAUAAUGUUACUGACCAUGAACCACACCCAUAUUUUACCUUGUGCUCCCAGCUACUUCAAAAUCGCCACUCCACAGAUGGGACCCAUAGUAUGAUGAUUACUGAUACACCAUUUAUUUUCAUGCAAGUGUAGAGAUUUAUGUUUUGUACAGGUUGUGUUGACUUUAUGUUAUUCUUGUUACAUGAUAUUUUACUAUCUUUUGUACAGGUUGUGUUGACAUUAAGUUAUUCUUGUUACAUGAUAUUUUACUACAGAAAUAAUAAUGAGUUUCAAGAAUUCAUAUUGAACGCUUAAUCUGUUGGGACCACUAUAAAGAUUGCUGCACAAAUCUACUAUGAUAAUUGGAAUGGAAGAGUAGACAGUUGCACUGCUGCUUUGUCGGAAUUCUUGACCUUUACAUACCCCCACUAUAUGCAAACUAUGCACUGUAGAUUAUAAGAUUUGUCAUCAAUGCAAGUAUUGUUGUUUUGAUCUAACGUUUGCUUUACAGUAACCACAAUGUACAUUUAUAAUUGUCAUGUAGCAUUUAAUCGAUUAGUUACUUGCGUUCAAUAACCUGAAGAAAGGAGUACUUGCGGUCAAAUUAUUGGGGCCUGAGCUGUCACCACUGUUGUUAAGCUUCACCAACUUUAUGCAUGAAUUCAGGUUGUGAUCAUUAUUUUAUAACAUUAUCUUAAAGACCUACAAACAGGGAUAAACAUUGUAAUAGAAUUUUAAUAUUUUCCCCUAUACACACAUUUAAACAUUGUACUAAACCCAGUUUCCAACCUCUUGGGUUUUCUCCGACUUCAAGCAAGUUCUGAAAUAAAAUUGAACCAUAUGUUGGUCCCAAAAUAACCUAGUUUGUGUCAAGUGAACUUUAAACCCCAUUUCUCUCUUUCUACAUACCCAGUCAACAGGAAAAUCUAUUUUCUACAAAAUGGUGUCAUAUUUUAAAGGAAAGUCAACACAUUGCUAAAGGGAAAAAAUUGAUUAUGUUCCAGAAUGCAUUUAAUGUAAGUGUAGGAAGCCUUUUUCCUCAAGGGGUUUUGGCUGGUUAUAUUGGUAUUUAUUUUACGAAUCGAUACAAUGUUUUGGAAAAGUUACAAAUAAAUCUAUUUUCAGUGGGU